ACAACACAUGAGAAAGAGCUCAGAAGUUUCCCCAGAUACCAAACUUGACCGAAUCCAAUCCUUAAUUUCCCAGAAGCUUCAUAUGCAAUCACAUUAUAACAUUUUAAGACACUUGUAUUCUAUAACACAUCAACACAACACAAAUUAAGGCAGUUUUGGACUUAAAAAUAGCAACCAACAUUUCUUCUUCUUCUUCUUCAUAUUUUCUCGUCACAAAAAAAAAAAAAAAAAAAAAAAAAAAAGAUGUCAGGAAUGAUACCAGGAGUGGGAGUGCCUCACAGAAGGAGGGUCCACCACCACAACCAUAGCCACCGAGUUCACUCAUCGACUCAGAACGAGUCAUUCCUACGAGAACGGCAAAACCCAUCAAUGGAUUUGAGUGAAACAGCUCUUAAAGCUCGCCAAAGACUAGAGAAGAAGCUUGGCUAUUGCCUCCAACUGAAUUCAAGAUCGAAUGAUGAUAAGCAGACAAAAGAAACCAGUUUUUUGGGUUCUUCGAAAUUGGUGAAAUUUAGUAAGUCAUGGAAAUCACAAUCUCCAAACAAGGAUAAUGAAUCCGAUCGAAAGGUUUGUUCUUGUUGCUGAGGAUUUUUUUUUUCUCCCCCUCUCUAUGGGUGGCUUGGUUUGUAAUAGUUGGGAAGCUUUAAUUUUUCCCCUCUUUGUCAUCUAAUUGUAGAAAUGUCAAUUUUUCUGAUUUGCUAUUAAAUGUUUAGCUUUUUGAAAGUGUCAAUUGUAAUUUAUUUUUUAUGAAGAUGUGAAGGAUUUCCCAAAGUUAACAUCAAUAUUGAAAAAACAAGCCUUUUGGGUCA